UUUCUAAGAAUUAUAAGGUCACUAAUGAAUUUCCCUAAAACCUUCAUAUCUCAGCGGGAAAACGCUAUAUAAACCCACACCCACUCCCCACUCCCCACUAUGCCUCCGACGAAUACUGAACAACAAUGACGCCGGAAAUCACCAUCAACGGAUGCCCUUAUAGCCUCAGCUCAUACAAAGUUGACUUCUUCGGCACUCCCAUCGACGUCACCGUCACUUCCUCCUCCUCCGUCGUUCGGAAAUGGAUUCGCACCACUCUCUUCCUCCGCCGAGACUACAUUGGCCGCCUCGUUGUCGGUGUCGGCGUCCAGUGGACUCCAUGGAACGGUAACGAACCUCCCCCUGACACUCUUCAGCUCUGCGUGGGCACUCGCUGCUUGAUCUUCCGACUCUCUCUAGCCACUACCGUUCCGCUCAUUCUUCGCCGCUUUCUCCUGGACCGGGAUAACACUUUCGUUGGGAUUUGGAAUGGCUCGGACGAGAAGAAGCUGCGGAUGUCGGAACACGAGCUCAGGCUUCACAGGCUUCUAGAUUUGAGGAGAUAUAUAUCCACUGAUUAUGGGGGAAGUCUUGCUAGGGCUUCAGUGGAGAGGAUAGUGGAGGAAUGUUUGGGUUACGAGGGGGUGAGAUUGGAGAAGGAUAUCAGCAUGAGUGAUUGGGGUAAUGAGGAUCUCUCCUAUGAGCAGAUUUUGCAGGCUUGUGUCGAUGCUUAUGUGGCCUUCGAGAUUGGCAAGAACUUGCGUGCCUGGGAGCUGUGACGCUUUAGAUGUUUUGGGAGUGCUUAUGGCGUUUUUUUUUUUUUAAAAAAAAUUUUUUUGUCCCUUCCCUUCUCUCUCCGAAUAUCAUUGGGAAGGUCCUUUCUUUAUUUUGUUUUCCUUGCAUACUAAGAAGAUCUUUUGUCCACGAAAAUGGGUUUUUUAUUGGUUCUGAGAAUAAUUAUGUAGGGAACAACUUGCUAGAAACUGGAAUCCUUCAGUUCCUGUUCAAUUUAAGGUUUUUUGACGAUGGUGAUUUUACGAAA